AUGAGCAAAUGUGAGCAAACAAGUGCAGUGAUUGGUGAUGGCAGGAGCCGAGACAUGAUUGGAGACAAGAUGAUUGGAAGCAGUGGAGAGGUGAUUGGUGGAGUGAUUGGAAGUGGCAUGAGAGCUCUGAUCGGUGGAAAGAAGAGACGCCGGAAGACGACGCAGAGCGACGAAAGUGGGAAGUGCAGCAGGAAAUUGAGGCGUUCAGCGUUGCAUUUUGCAGCAAACCGCCGGAAACUGCAGCACAAGGAGGUGCAGAAGCAACGGGAAGAGGAGUUGCGAGAAGCCAAAUUGCGCGCGGAGAGAGAGCAGAAGGAGAAGGAACGUCAGGAGCAGCAAGCUGCUCGUGAGCAGAAGAUCUUGGACGCCAAGGAGCGCGAAGCUCAAAGGCGACAGGAGGAGGAACGGCUCAAGCGGUUCAUGCAGCAGAAGCGUGAGGAAGAAGAUGCUCAGGCCGGCUUCUAUGGCACAAGGCACUUGAACAUGAAGGGUGCCAGGGGCUUCAAAGGCGGCAAAGCUGGAAAGGGCGUUAAGAAGGGUGACAUCCAGCGUCAGCUGCGGGAGCAGGAGAUGGAACGCCGGGCCCGAGAGGUCUUGGCGAACAUUGGUUCCACAAGGAGCGCCGAGAUCGGAGAUCGGAACUCCAGCGACGUUGAGCGAGGCGUCGCAGGUUCGACGAGCAAAGGUGAUGCUCGGAACGGUGGCGGCGAUCGCGUGGAAGAGAGUGCAGCGCAGCCGCUCUCGAGUGGUAGAGAGACUGCGAGUGACAUGAAGGAUGGCCCGGUGACCUUAGGUGGGAAGAACAAAGAUGGCAAAGGAAAGACUGUCAAGAAAGGCGGCAAAAAGGAGAGAAAGACGGAUGAAGCCAGGACGAGUGAGAAGGAUCGAUGGUGGACUAAGAUCGAUGGUGAUUGCCCCAUCUCAUUGAUCCCGAUUGCUGAGCUUCCAGUGCCACCCUUCACCUUGAAAGCCUCUGGCAGCUCUGUGCCUCACUACUUUGAUGCCCGCUUCCUGGCCAGCUUUCUCUUGAGCUCCUUUGACUUCAUGAAUCCAGUCAAUCGAUCUCCCUUGAAUCGCGAGGAUUGUGUCGCCUUGGACGUCCAUUUGAGGCAGUUCUAUCCCGACUCCUCAUCCUCCGUGACCGACGCUUAUGACCUCUUUCAGCGCAAUGGAGGCAAUGGUAGUGAUGCGGUGCGACGCGAGGCCACGGCGGUCUUCCAGCACCUCUUUCGCUUCCAACCCCGGAACUUGGACUCUCGUGGUCGAGCCAUCAACUACAACGAUGGAGCCUUGACAGCCACUUGGCAGGAUCGUGGUCCGCACGAAGGGGCCGAGCUCUCGGUCCUUCCGUGCUUGUGUCGAAUCCACCAUGUGCCUGCCGUGUCUGUGUGUUUUGUGGUUAUAAGAUGUAUUAGAAUUAGAGUGUAUGACAACCAGAAGACCAUAUUCAAUAUUCAGAGUGCAUGGAGAUGGAUGAGUCCAGCUGAAAGCACAAGGGACCCUUUUGGAACCUUUGAUGGGCUUCUCCACUAUUCACUAGUUGCAAGAAAGGACUGA